AUGGAGGCAAAUGAAGAAAAUUCACGAAAAAGAAAUACAGAUUUGGUAGAAGAAACAGAAAAUAGCUCGGAAUCAGAAGAAUAUGCAACAAAUACAGAAACAGCCCAAGCUGUUUUAUCUGAGGAUUUUGAUUAUGAUCCUUCUGAUGUAUUAAAUAGCUUUUUAGAACGUGAAAAGCAAAAUAGAUAA